AUGGGUAAUGAAAUAAGAAAAAGUGAUACGGUUUUAAAAGCACAGGAGUUAAUGUCGCAAAAAGAAGAAAUUGAAAAUCAGCUUGACGACUUGGAGAAAGUUUUGAAAUCACAAGGAAUAGGAAUGACUGAACAAUUAGUUGAUCACGAAGGGUUUCCUCGUUCCGACAUAGACAUAGUAACCGUAAGAACUGCUCGUGCUAAAAUAAUUGCAUUGAGGAAUGACCAUAAAGCAGUUAUGUCAGAAAUUGAAAAGGCUUUACAUGCUAUACAUGCAGAAAACAAAGCAAACAAAUUAGUUGAAGGAAACAAUGACGAAUCAAUUGGGAAACCUAAACCUUUUGCAAUAGUGAAUGCAAUUGCGCCUGAUUCACCAGCUAAAGAAGCGGGAUUAACAAAAGGUGAUAGAAUUAUAAGAUUUGGAUAUAUACAUUCUAAUAAUAAUCAAAACCUUAAUGCUUUAAAUUCUUUUGUGGCUGAGAAUGUUGGUAAAAAUAUUGGAAUUACAGUUGAACGUGGGGAAACACAUUCAUCACAAUUGAUUGUAUUGCAUCUAACACCUAGGCAUGGAUGGGGUGGAAAAGGGCUUCUAGGGUGUCAUAUUUUACCUAUUUAG